GAACAAAUCAUGUGAGAGUCCAUUUUUGACACCAGCUGACAGCUCGGGUCGAUAUAUUUUACUAAAAUUUUAUCCGUAAUUUUAGUAAAUAAACCAACAAAAUGGUCUGCAAAUUGUGUGGUCCUAAGCUGUCGCUAUGCGGGCUCGUUCUGAGCGUAUGGGGAAUCAUUCAACUCACUUUAAUGGGCGUAUUCUACUAUAUAAAAGCCGUGGCGUUGCUGGAAGAUCUCCCGCUUGAAGAAGGUCACCAUACCAUCGAAGAGUUCAUUGGACAAGUGGAAGCUGGAUACACUCAGAAUGCAUACAACUGCUGGAUUGCCGCCUUACUAUAUGUCAUCACAUUGGUGGUGUCAGGGCAUCAAUUCUGGUUGAACAACCGCUCCUCAGUUAGCAUGUAAACAUCCUUCCUUUACCUUAUGUUGGUAUGCUAGCAACACAUUUGACAAGACUGUGCAUAGCCCAGUAUAUUAUGGCGUACGUUUUGUUAAAUGCUGUAGCAGUUGGCUUGUGUAUUCCUUUAAGAUAAUAAAGCUAUCAUGUACAUAACUUGGUAAGAUGAUCAUGAAUAAAUUCCCCGUUCUGUGAUCAUGUGACAUUAUAUUUGUAAUAUUUCCCUAUAGCUUUGUUAUCUUAGAUAGUACUAUGUUUAGGUACACGUUGUUUAUUGAAUAGUUCCAUUCCAUUUAAGUUAUUUUCAAAGUAAUCUAAAUCAGUAUAUUGAGUGGUUAAUUCUUAAAAAUUGUGUAAAAGCAUUUAUUGUUAUUACCGUAACCAGUAAAGUUCAUAUCAUGUAAUCUAUGACACAUAUAAGAAUAGUAUUUAUUGAAAAUUUUAAAAACUUGAGUAUUGUAGCAUUGUUCUCAAAGUAUCUAUGCAAUAUAAACCAAAAUAAUGUUUUUUUUGUUCUGAAAUUGGUUACAGGAUGAAAUAUUUAAACCAAUAAUUUUAAGUGAUAAACGGAUUUACUUCUAUGCAAAAGUAUUACUUUCCACAUCUGGAUGAAGUUACAUAUUGUACAUAAAUAUCUAUCAGUAGGUUUACAAUGUAAAAUGCUUAGAUUUCUCUGAAAUAAAGAUUAAUUGAUGUUAAAUUAA